ACAGGCCCUACAGCAAACCUGCAGCAUACUAAACUGAAUCCUGUCUGCUUUUCUCAUCAUCAUAGGUUGAUGCCAGUAAACUCUUAGCAUGGAUGUAGAUCUUGUGGUCAACAGCAGCAGUGUUGACCCCAUACAUCCCUGCUACAUCUCAGACAAUGACACUUACAUGUUUGCACAUAACCCCUCUGUUAUAUGUGUAUCUUUGUACAUUUUCCUUGGAUUACUGUCUGUAAUCACUGUCUGUGGAAACUUUCUUGUAAUAUUUUCCAUCAUUUAUUUCAGACAGCUCCACACUCCUACCAACUACCUCAUUCUCUCUCUAGCUGUCGCUGACCUGCUUGUCGGGGUCUUGGUGUUCCCCUUCAGCAUGGCUUUCACCGUCACUACAUGCAUGCACUAUGAGAGUUUGUUCUGCAAAAUACGCGACAGCUUUGACGUCACAAUGUGCACGUCCUCUAUUCUCAACCUGUGCUGCAUCUCCAUAGACAGAUACCAUGCGGUGUGCGAGCCACUGACAUACAGGACGAAAAUAAACGCUCGGGUAACCGGGAUGAUGAUCCUGUUCAGCUGGGGUGUUUCUGUCCUAAUAGGAAUUGGCAUCAUUGUUGCGGGAUUCAGCCAAGGCGCAUGUGAGGACACAUGCUCUGUUGACAUUAUAGUGGCCAACACUAUGGGACCUGUUUUCUCCUUUUACCUUCCAGCAGUCCUAAUGCUAUGCAUUUACUUUAAGAUUUUCCUGGUUGCUCAGAGACAACUGAACAGCAUCCAGAGCACAAACGGCCAGAGCAUGAAGUCUGGAGCAACAGCCAGCAGGAUGGAGAGGAAGGCCACCAAAACCCUAGCAACUGUGAUGGGAGUGUUUCUUUUAUGUCUCACUCCCUACUUUAUCUGUGUCGUCUUCCAGCCAUUAUACUACGAACCGCCACCACUUCCUGUGAUAGAAACACUGAACUGGCUUACGCUGUCAAAUUCAAUGCUGAAUCCUUUGAUUUAUGCCUUCUUUUACAGCUGGUUCCGAUCAGCUGUCAGGACGGUCGUCUCAGGAAAGAUAUUCCACAGCGAUUCAGCCAACUCCAGAUUAUUUUGAUAUUUAUAUAUUGUUGCAGUUUACAUAUUGGGAUUUUUCUAAAUAAUGAUUAAUGAUAAAACCAUGUAACAGGGGUAAAGUUUUGAAAAAAGUACUUAAUCUGUUUUUAUUUGCAUAAAGAAGCAGCCUGUCAAGAACUAUUUGUACCUUCUCAAUUAUCAGUGCAAAGCUCUUUAAUCACAUUACGUCA